AUGUCCAGCGAAGCGCCGAAAAAACUGAGCCGGCAGCAGCGGCGCCAGAUGGCGAAGGACGCUCGCGAACAGGAACGACUGGACGGUAUUCGUGCCGAUGUAGAGCGCGAGAUGGCCGAAUCGCCGCAGGUGAACCAGAGCGAAGUCGAGGAGAAGCAGCUCCAAGAGCUGUGUGAGAAGCUGCAGUUGCAGGUACAUGAGAUCACACCGGAUGGCCACUGUCUCUACAAUGCGAUUGCCGAUCAGCUCAAUACUCGAUACCCAACACAGGAGCCAUAUACCUACGAAAGCAUGCGUCGUGCGGCGGCCAGCUACAUGCGGCAGCAUGCGGACGAUUUUAUGCCGUUUAUCUCAGAUUUGGACGAGUCGGCCGCGGGCGUCGCCGAGGCCAAGGACCCCCUGACCAAGUUCCUCGACUAUUGUGACGCCAUGGAAAAGACGUCGACUUGGGGUGGUCAACCCGAGAUCUUGGCGCUCUCCAAGGUGCUGUACACGCCUAUCUACGUCGUCCAGCCGGGCACACCGAUCAUCAAAAUCGGCGACGAGGAAUUUGCGGACAGGUCGCCCCUGUGGAUCGCUUACCAUGUCAAGAUGUAUGGAUUGGGCGAGCAUUACAACUCAUUGCGCCCCAAGACGCACUAA